GGAGUAACGGACAAGCCCAGACAACAGUUUCGCCCAGGCGCGGCAGAGACCACAAUUGCCCCUUCAAAGAGUCCCAUAAGCAAAGCCAGCAUUAGAAAGGAUCUCAGCUGCUACCUCUACUUCCUGUUGGCACCCACUCUCAUUUACCGCACCAGCUAUCCCAACACGCCUCGGGUGAACUGGCAUCUUGUACUGUUGCAUCUGGCUCAAUGCGUCGCCUUUUUUGCCAGCAUCUUUUCCACGGUUAUCGGGUCAGUAGCGAUUGUGACGCUCCUCUUUUUUGGUCAUCUUCACGCAUGGCAGAAUGCUUUCGCUGAGAUGACCAGGUUCGCGGACAGAGGCUUUUACUCAGCCUGGUGGACCAGCUCCAAUUACCGACAAUUCUUCCGCACAUGGAACAUCCUAGUGCAGGAUUGGCUGUACACUUACGUCUUCAACGAUGUCCGAGCCCUCCUGGCCAGUCGGUUGGGCUUGCGCAGCCCCGGGGUCUGGAAGCCGGAUUGGCUGUACACUUACGUCUUCAACGACGUCCGAGCCCUCCUGGCCAGUCGGUUGGGCUUGCGCAGCCCCGGGGUCUGGAAGCCGGUGUGCACCGGAUGCGUCUUCCUGCUCUCCGCCCUUUGGCACGAGUACAUCCUGGCUGUGGCGCUCGGUUUCGUCUAUCCCGUGAUGCUGGUGUUUUUCGGCUUUUUCGGUUUCCUGCUCUACUUUGUACCGACCAACGCCAACCUGGGCAAUGUACACUUGUUGACAUCGUUUUUUUUGGGCAACGCUUUGCUGUUGUCGCUUUACACCAUGGAGUGGUAUGCUCGUCGGAACUGCCCUCGAGUUCGGUUCGACUGGACUGAUUAUGUGGUGCCACGAAGCUGGGGUUGUCUGCCACCGACACUCUCAAACGAGGCGAGCGUCUUGUUGGGCAGAUGA